GGAGACACCGUGACAGAGAAACCACACCGUGAAGGAUGAGACCGUUGUCACCGAGGCUCCGCCGCCGCCCAGUCGCUGUUGCCGAAGCCAUGAUGUCGUCUCUGCGCCAGCAGGAGGAAGCAUCCUUUCACGGCGGCAAUAGGAAAAAGAAAAAAGAGAGAAAGGAAGAAAGAACAGGAGGCAUAGGAGAGGGAAAAGAGGAAGGGGGUGUGCCAGCGUUGGUCAACUCCGCCGUCGCCGUUGCCGCGCCCUACCGAUCGUUGCUGAGAAGGUCGAACAGAGGGGAGAGAAAGCUAGUGUUGAGAAAGGGAAGGGUCGCCGAGCUAGCACCGUCGCGUCAGCACGGCUGUGCCGCCACGGAUGAGGAGAGAUGCGUCGGAGGAAGAGAAGGACCGCGGUGGAGAAAGAGAGAGAGCACUCGCGAGGGUGUCGGAGCUACGUUCCGUCGCCGUGCUGUGCGAAGCCACCAUUGUGCCUCGAGCCUCGCCGUUGUCAUCCUCGGCGCGAGCCCUUACCAUCGUCGAUGGGGUUGAAUCCGCCGCCGGUUUGAGCUGAGGGAAAGGAAACGCGUAUAGGAGAGAGAGCAGGGGGCUUCGUGGCAGCUCCACGCGCCGCUCCUGCCGAGCCGCCGCCAAUCCUGCCGCCGAUCGAAACCCUAGCCAUCGCCGUCGAAGACGCCACUGCCGUCAAUUAGGAUCAAAAUUGUUGCUGUGUUCCCAAAGCUAUCAUGGAAGUGGCUGAUUCGGUCCCAAUUCCCUCAAUUGUUGAGACUGUAAGCUUUAAUCAUUGUCUUGGUUCCAUCAUGUUCCUCUGUCUUUCUCCUGUUCUAGCUAAGGAAACCUAUGUCUUUGUUUAGUACUGCUACUCUGUUUUCCUGUUUGUUGUUAGGACCAUUAUGGUGGUGUUGAGGCCAUCAGGAAACUGUUAGAGCUGCUGUUGAUAAGUUUGAUAUUGC